AUGGCAGCGAACACAAUUAUCUUUGGAGGAUCAGGGAAGGUCGCUAGACAUCUAACACGUCUGUUGGCGAAUGAAGGCCACAAUGUAUACUCGGUCAUUCGGAAGCCAGAGCAACAAGAGGACGUCAAAUCACUCGGCGGCAAGCCAGUCCUCCAGAGCAUCGAAGAAGCAUCUGUGGAUGACAUGGUCAAGACCAUCCAGGAUACGAAAGCCAGCACGGUAGUCUGGGCAGCUGGUGCUGGAGCCGGCAAUGCCGACCGUACCAAGGCUGUUGACCAGGAGGGUGCCAUCCGGUCAAUGGAUGCUACAUCCAAGGCUGGUGUGAAGAGAUACAUCAUCGUCUCGGCUGUUGAUGUUCGAGACCGCGAGAACAAGCCGGAGCCAGAGUGGUAUCACGAUGGUGAUCGGGAAAGGAGUAACAAGACUUGGGAUGCGAUUGGGCCUUAUAUGCACGCCAAAUUUGCAGCAGACCGCUCUCUCGUCACAGAGAACGAUCGCCGAGGACUCGAGUACACUAUCGUCCGUCCAGGAGGUCUGUCUCAAGACCCAGGCACGGGCAAGGUCGCGGCAGGAAAGCCUCACAUCACUGUCACGGUUCCUCGCGAAGAUGUGGCGUCGGUCGUGGUAGAAUGUAUCAAGAAUGAGUCGACAAAGGGCCUUGUGUUCGAUCUCGUAGGAGGCGAGACACCGAUCAAGGAUGCCAUCGCAGAUGUCGUGAAGGAGAAGACCAACACGUUCGAAGGUCGUUAUUAG